AUGCAUUUGUGUGGAAGGAAAAAAAGAGAAAAGCGGGACUCCCUUCAAACUCCUCCCUCUGUGGGAAGAAAGAAGUGGAAAGCUACAUCGAAAAAGGAAAGAGACGAAGUUGUCCUCCCUCAUUCUGUCAUGCAUCUCGUGGUGCAUGGAACUGUUAGUGAUUCCCUUGUGUUGUUCUUGCACAUUCUUCUACUCCAAGGUCAAGGAUGCAUCCAAAGGAGAGGUCAGUCAUGCAGAGGUCAUGGGCUGCACAGCCAACUUCACACAUUCACAAUGCAUUUUGUGCAGGGGAGCAAGGAUCCUCGUCUUCUUCAACUUCUUUCUCUGUUGGAGCUCCUUGGAACCAUAGAGCCAGACUCUCCUCAGGUGGGCGCCUCUCCGGCCACCAUGGUGGGCCUCGUGGGUGCAGUUGGUCCAGUCGUGUGCAUGCAUGAGAGGAGGAGCCAAAAAAUAGCUCCACGACAACCUCUGCAUGGCCACUCAGGUGGCGAGGGUGGGCUUUGUGGCUGGAUCUUUGUCGGUGACCAUCAACUUCGGUGUGACCUUGUCCCACCAAUACCUUGCUUGAUAUCUUGUCGGAGGAACACCCCAAGUUGUAUCUUAGGGGCACCAUCAAGUUCGCCGUCAGCUUGUCCCACGAAGAGCUUUGUUCGUAUCUUCUCCCACAAGUAUGGUUCAUAUGUUGUCUUCCAUGGUUGCAACCCGACACUCGGUUCUAAUGGUGUUGUACUCCAUGCAUGGUUGAGGUAA